CUGCAGCUGGACGAGCCCAUCAUUGGGCUGGCGCACCUGGCGGAGGUGCAGGGCAGGCCACAGAGUUCGCUCGACCCCGUCGGCGCUGCCAGACUCCGCUACGUCUGCAGACUCUGUUUCUGCGAGGCAGACAUGCCCGACAUGGUCAGCCACAUCGUGGGCCGCAAACACCGGCAGAAGUACCUGGAGACGCAGAGGCCGGACUUGGUGACCUGGGACCUGAACAACAUGGCACAGCUGGGGAAGGUGAUCCGGGCUAAAGCAGAGGUGGCAGAGCGUCAGGAGGGGCGCGGGGUUCCAGAGGAGUCAAAGAGAAGGCCGAAAGGCAGACAGGGUACAUUGCAAGGAGCGGCAGCAGCAGCGGCAGCGGCGACGUCCAGCUCCCAGAUACACAGCAAAGUCCCGCUGAGUCACCCACUUGGCGGCCUGUCACCCCAGGACAGGGGGGCGGGGAGGGGGGGGCAGAGCUGGCUCAGCCGGGAGGGAGGUCAUCUGAGGGAAGACCUGCGUAGGCGGAGCUAUGCAGUCGAAGACCCUCCUGGGCAGGGUUAUUCUAGGGAAAACCUUCCUGGGCGGGGUUAUGCUAGGGAAGACCCUCCUGGGCGGGGUUAUUCUAGGGAAAACCUUCCUGGGCGGGGUUAUUCUAGGGGAGACCCUCCUGGGCGGGGCUAUGCUAGGGAAGACCCUCCUGGGCGGGGUUAUGCUAGGGAAGACCCUCCUGGGCGGGGUUAUGCUAGGGAAGACCCUCCUGGGCGGGGUUAUGCUAGGGAAGACCCUCCUGGGCAGGGUUAUUCUAGGGAAGACCCUCCUGGGCGGGGUUAUGCUAGGGAAGACCCUCCUGGGCGGGGCUAUGCUAGGGAAGACCCUCCUGGGCGGAGUUAUGCUAGGGGAGACCCUCCUGGGCGGGGCUAUGCUAGGGAAGACCCUCCUGGGCGGGGCUAUGCUAGGGAAGACCCUCCUGGGCGGGGCUAUUCUAAGGAAGAGCCUCCUGGGCGGGGUUAUGCUAGGGAAGAGCCUCACAGGCAGGACUUUGCAGAGGGGAAGGCCUUCAGUUCGGGGCGGGAUUGGCGCACUGGCUGUGCUGAGAGCAGGACCCUGGAGAGGCAGGGGGGGUUCAGGAGGGAGUAUCCCCACGACCCUCCUGCCGGUGUGAUUGCUGUAGGUGGAGACAGGGGGGCAUGUCCAGACACUGCAGAGAGAGAUGAAGUGCACCAAAGGGGCAGGGAAGAGGACAGGAGGGGCGGAGUUUAUGAAGAGGGCAGGAGGGGCGGGGUUUAUGAAGAGGAAAUGAGGGGCGGAGUUUAUGAAGGCAGAGGGGGCGGGGUGUUUGAAGGCAGAGGGGGCGGGGUGUUUGAAGGCAGAGGGGUGUUUGGCUGUGGAGAGCAGGGCAGGGGUGAGAGGUGCAGGGAUUCCGCAGACGGGGAGGAGCUGGAGAGAUCUUUCCUGGGCAGGAGAGAUGUGCUGCGGAGAGCCACAGAGGGGGCCAGCGGUUUGCAGGAGCUCCCUGAGACCUUCAGGCGCUUCUUAUCUGGGGCUUCAGAUAAACAAGGCUCCAGCAACACAGCCAGAAUGAACCGGUUCUCAGAGGAGACGGGCCCAGAGCGACACCUGACACCAAACAGGGAUGUAGAUUGGAUUCCCAGCAAGAGGCUGAAGCGGGACUCCUGUUGUCCUGAAAAGGGGGAUUACGCAGCACAGGAUUGUGGGAUGGGCGCAGAGCGCAGCGACGUGUUGGAUGUUCUGAAAAAUAUUGACAUUGAAAGCAUGGAAGAGGCCAACUUCAUCAAAGACAAGCUGUGCAAGCUGCUGAAGGAGUUUCAGGCCAGCAAAUCUGAAAAGCAAGAGUCUGUGAGGACGAAGCCAGCUGUCAUUUCCAAAGACUACAACCACCUGAGUGCACACCAUGGAAACACCACAGAGACGAGAGAUUCAGGACAUCAGCACAACAGAAAUUUUAGAGAAUCACAAGAUCGCCAUGAGGAGAAUCCAAGAUUUUCACAAGAUCGCUAUGAGGAGAAUCCAAGAUUUUCACAAGAUCGCUAUGAGGAGAAUCCAAGAUUUUCACAAGAUCGCCAUGAGGAGAAUCCAAGAUUUUCACAAGAUCGCUAUGAGGAGAAUCCAAGAUUUUCACAAGAUUGUUCCAGAAGAAAUUCAAAAGAUUCACGAAGUUACUAUGAGGACAAUCCAGGAGAAGAUCACAGGAGAGGGUCACAAGAUCGCUACGAGGGACAUUCCGGAGGGUCACAGGGGCAUUUUGGAGCAUAUGGCCUGGACCUCGGAGUGACCCGGCGAGGGUGCCCUGAACGUGAGCAGUGGUGUGGGGCAGACAUUUUUGUAAAGGCAGCCUGCCAGCCUGAGGCUGACCCUCCCCAACCCAAAGCACAUCCCUACCAACAACCCUUCACUUACCCAGAGGAGGCGUGGUCUCGGGAAGCCAACCUGGAGCGACCUUUCACCCCCCAGCUGCACCCCCCCUCUCUCCCACCCGAGCAGGGCUAUGAAGGAAGACGCCAUGGCAACGCUGGAAGCUCUGCCACCCUGGAUAAGAUCACCUCCACCCUCCUGCAGCUGGUGACCCGCAGAGAGCCGCUCUGACCCUCGCUGGGAGCCGCGACACAGGGGUCCUGUCUGCAUGUACUAUUUCUGUCCUACUGUAACACCCUUAGGUGUCAAAGUGGUUUUUAAGUUACUGUUAAAAUACAGUUAUGUAUUUGUAUUAGUACGCUUAUUUGUAUUAGUUAUGACUGAGCCAAGCAGUGGACUGACUGGGGCAGCAGGGGCUCUGCGUUUGUUGGCUGUGGAACCGCUUUGUCCACAUUGUAGCAUAAAGUAAAUUUCUUUUACUAAAAUGUGUCAU